AUGAGCAACAUGCGAAUCUGGGCCUUUCUCCUCGCCGUGCUACCCUCGUGCUGUCUAGUGAGCACGCUCUCAUUCAGUCAUGACUUCAACGGCACCGUCCCCUCGAUUCCCGGCAUCACGAACUUUUCUUAUCCGACUGCCUCUAGCCACAUAGAAUCCGGCUUCGCAGACGGCCUCGUCAAUACUGCCAUCCACCAGCCCUGGCCUUUCUUAAGGGGUUUGAAGUACAGCACACGCACCAUCCGCUACUGCUAUGCGGACCAAGCCUCCCAAGAUGCAAUUGAGUGCAAGGUAAAUGCAGCGAUGAAUCUCUGGUUUGAAGUCCUCGGCGGGAAACCAGGCCCAGAUACCGGGUUCAACUUUUACUUCUCGCGGGCCUUUGCUCAGGGCAAUGUCCAGUUCUGUUAUGCGAAAGACUCGUACAAUUCAAAGACAGCACAGGGGCAGUGGAAUGCGGCGCUGCAUGAUAAACAGGAUGCUCUCGUAGUGUCAUAUCGGCCCGUCGACGAGAACGGAAACAAGCCGGCAACGUCGGCGAGUCUGGGCUACACGCCAGAUAAUGCCAUGUUCCCGUGGCAGAGCCGACAGGCGAGACAUUACAUGCAGAUCGCCGACAAGGACGAUGUGCCUAGGAUUGCGCAUGAGCUGGGCCACGACACGGUGAUUGAAUACCGCCCCCAAAACAUCGCAGGCUACGCCGAUGCCCUCGCCGCAGCCAUCAAAGACGGAGUGCCCGAAGCUGAAGCCCGCAACAAGCUCCGUGACGAUGUCGCGUUUUGCCAGAAGUACAACUUCCGUGGGUCUGCCUAUGUCAAAGGCAGCGACCAGCCCGGCAUCAUCCAGGGCGACCCCACCCAGGGCCCCCUCGACUUCGACUUCGACUCCAUCAUGAUCUACCCAUCCGACGCGGAAACCGACACAGCCGCGUGCCGCAACGAUAUCGCCAAGUGCCCAAUGGUGCGGCGUGUAGGCCAGGACCAGAAUGGGAACGCAAAGUUUGAGUACUUUCCCGCCAAGUACAAGCCGAGCGCGAAGGAUGCUGAGUUUAUAAGGAAGCAUUAUCCAUGGGAGCAGACGGAGAACUAG